AUGGAUCGCUUUGUAGAGAUUAUGAGUGAGGUGAUACUUCCCCUGAAGAAAUCAAAGGAAUGGAAAGUGCUUGUACUGGACAAACUAUCAACACGAAUUGUGUCUUCUUGUUGCAAAAUGCAUGAAAUAAUGAAUGAGGGGAUAACACUUGUUGAAGAUGUCGGUAAGCGGCGCGAAGUCCUCCCAUUGGAGGCUAUCUAUUUGAUCACUCCCACGGAACGGUCAAUUCAAGCACUCAUGAGUGAUUUUCAAGGUCCUCGUUAUCAGUACAAAGCAGCACACGUUUUUCUAACUGAAGCCUGUCCGGACGAGCUUUUCAAUCGUCUUUGCCAGUCGAAUUGCGCCACUUUUAUUAAGACUCUGAAGGAGAUCAAUAUCGCUUUUUUGCCCGUAGAGUGUCGGGUUUUUUCUCUUGACUCUCCUGACAGUACACAGUUCUAUUUUUACCAGAGCUAUCCUCCACACCCGGGCCAAAUGCACCACUUGGAGCACAUAGCAGGACAGAUUGCUACGCUUUGCGCCACCAUUGGCGAAUAUCCACCCAUUCGUUACAGAAAUCAGCAUGACAAGAACUGCGAAUUCGCUCAGCUGGUGCAGCAGAAGCUGGAUGCUUACAAGGCCGACGAUCCACAGAUGGGCGAGGGUCCUUACAAGGAUCGUAGUCAGUUAGUUAUCUUGGAUCGAGGAUUUGAUCCAAUCUCACCAAUUCUGCACGAACUCACAUUCCAGGCUAUGGCUUAUGAUCUGUUGGCUAUUGAGAACGACGUAUAUCGUUACAUCAACACAUCAGGACCCGAGGAGCGAGAAAAGGAGAUUAUUUUGGACGAGUCCGACGAUCUUUGGCGAGAACUGCGUCAUCAACACAUCGCUGUUGUCUCGCAGCAGGUGACGAAUAAUUUGAAGAAGUUUGCUGAGGAGAAGCGAAUGGCGAGUGGCGGUGACAAGACUACGAUGCGUGAUCUCUCGCAGAUGCUGAAGAAAAUGCCUCAAUACCAAAAGGAGCUCUCCAUGUACUCCACGCACUUUCACCUCGCUGAGGACUGCAUGCACAACUACCAGACGUACACAAACAAACUGUGCCGAGUGGAACAGGAUUUGGCCCUGGGCACAGAUGCUGAGGGCGAGCGUAUUAAAGACCACAUGCGAAACACUGUGCCCCUCCUAAUUGACUCCAACGUCUCGACGUACGACAAGUUGCGUCUCAUUCUCCUCUACGUCAUCCAACGCGGAGGCAUCAGCGAGGAGAAUCUGGCAAAGCUCAUCCAACAUGCUCAAAUUCCAGAGCCUCAGGCUGCAGUUGUGCGAAGCCUCGCGGCUCUUGGAGUUCCUGUUCUUCUAGACGCUGGUGGUGGUCCGACAAUCGGUCGUAGAAAGGUUCCCCAGCCUUACCUUCCAGCCAAUCGUCGCACUCGUGCUGAUGAGCCGAAGUAUCAAAUGUCACGAUGGACUCCAUACUUGAAGGACCUCAUUGAGGAUGCUUGUGAAGAUCGCCUCGACGUCCGUCAGUUCCCUUUCUUUGGUGGUGGUCCAGUGAAAUCCUCCGGUCUUGGUGGAGGUGGCGGCCUGAGUCGAGGCGGUGGUGGUGGUGGUGGCUCAAUGUCGGCCCGCUAUGGUCAAUGGCAUCGAGAGAAGAGUGCUCAGACACGCUCAGGACCGCGACUGAUCUUCUUCAUUCUCGGUGGCAUAUCCUACUCCGAAAUGCGCUGUGCCUACGAAGUUAUGGCCGCUUACUCCUCUGUCACUGGUGGUGGUGGUGCUGGUGGCGGCGGCGGAGGAGGUGGAGGUGGUGGCGGAAAACAGUGGGAUAUCCUUGUGGGUGGUACGCAUCUCCUCACCCCCGAGACUUUCAUCAGUGAUCUUGAGAGACUCUCCUAUCCUCCGGGGUCAGGUGGAGGCAACGCAGGAGGUCAAGGCGCUGGCAACCAAAGCCAACAUGGCAGUGGACCGGCAAAUGUGUGA